AUGCUGGGAAGGGAUCAAACAGAUUUUAUGGGGGCGCUUCAUGAUUUUCAUGCUAGUAGUAAGUUUGAGAAAAGUCUCAAUGCCACUUUCAUUGCCCUCAAUUCAAAGAAACCUAGGGCUAUUGAUCUUAAGGACUUUAACCCUAUCAGUCUUGUAUGUGGAGUUUACAAGAUUAUCGCUAUAGUCUUAGCCAACAGGUUAAGAAGGGUUGUGGAGAAGAUUGUCUCGAAGCCUCAUAACACUUUUGUCAAAGUUAGGCAAAUCCUUGAUUCCGUGCUCAUUGCUAAUGAAUGUCUAGAUAGUAGGAUUAAAUCUGAUAAGCCAGGGGUGAUUUGCAAGCUGGAAAUUGAGAAGGCCUACGAUCAUGUCAAUUGGGAUUACUUGCUUUAUUGA